CAAUGCCAGCCUCGCCAGCGGCUGCUCCUCCUCCCCGUGUGCCCACGGAGGCCGCUGUGAGGACACAGGCCCCGGAAGCUACGCCUGCACCUGCCCCACAGAGCCCCUGGCUUACACCGGCCUCCGCUGUGAGCGACUGUUUGACGCCUGCGAUGGGCGGGUCUGCCCAGGGAAUCAGACUUGCAGCAGCUCCCCCGGGAGCCUGGAUUUCCGGUGCGACUGUCCCCCCACCUCCCCGGGCUCUGGUUGCAAUGGGAGCGAGUGUCCGCCGGGACCCAGCGGGCCUGCUUGCCAGGGUCCGUGUGCCAGCCAGCCGUGCCAGGGUGGGGGGACUUGCAUCCUGGUUGGGGACAAGCUCAUGUGCCACUGCCCGGCCGGGCUCACCGGCCCCUUGUGUGAGGAGGAUGUGGACGAGUGUGCCUCUGGUCCCUGCCAGAAUGGGGCCAUCUGCCUGAACGGACUGGAUGCGUAUCUGUGCUACUGUGUGCCCGGCUUCCAGGGUGCCCACUGUGAGAUCGACAUCGACGAAUGUGCCUCCAGGCCCUGCCGGCACAAUGGCACCUGUCUUAAUCACAUGGACCACUACCAGUGCCAGUGCCCAAUCGGCUAUACAGGGGCCAACUGUGAAACUGAAAUAGAUGAGUGUGAAUCAGACCCUUGUCAGAACGGGGGCUCAUGCUUCGAUGGCAUCGGAUUCUACCGCUGUGCCUGUGGCCUGGGGUUCGAGGGAGACCAUUGCCAGGUGGACAUUGACGAGUGCCAGAGCCAGCCCUGCGCCCACGGGGGCAGGUGCCAAGACCUUGUCGCCAGGUUCCUGUGUGACUGCAGUGACACCGGCUACGAGGGGGAGCGCUGCGAGGUGGAGGUCCUGGAGUGCGCCUCUGGCCCCUGCCUGCACAAUGCCACCUGCCUGGAGGGUGUGGGCCAUUACCGCUGUGUCUGCUGGCCAGGUUACAGCGGCGAGCACUGCGAGAUGGACGAGGACGAAUGUGCGGGGAAGCCCUGCCUCCAUGGGGGGCUGUGCCUGGAGCGCUCCAACCAGUCAUACUAUGGGGGAGCCCUGCCUGGCUUCCCCCAGGACUUCAGCUACAACAUGGCAGCCGGCUUCAUCUGUCAGUGUCUGCCGGGGUAUGCAGGAGCUGACUGCUCUGUGGACGUGGACGAGUGUGCGUCCCGGCCGUGUGUGAACGGAGGGCACUGCCAGGACCUGGUGGCUGGAUUCCGGUGCCACUGCCUGCCCGGUUACAGCGGUGUGACGUGCAUGGUGGAUGUGGAUGAGUGUGAGGCUGGGCCCUGCCAGCAUGGUGCCACCUGUGAGGACGGUAUCGCUGACUACGUGUGUCACUGCAUGCCUGCCAGGGAGGGCAGCCCCAUAUGGGGUGGGAAGAACUGCUCCGUGGAGCUCACUGGCUGCUUGGAUCACUUGUGCCAGCACGGGGCCCUGUGUGCCCCAACUUACAAGGCGGGCAUCCACAGCUAUGUCUGCCACUGCCCACCAGGCUUCCAUGGUCCCACCUGCUCCACACCCACAACUUUCUCCCUGGGGGGUGGGAGCGCCCUGCCUGUGGAUGGGGCCGGGGGGGAGCCGGGCACAGCCAGCAUCUCCCUGAGGUUCCGCACUACUCUGCCAGAUGGCAUCCUCUUUGCCCGAGGAGAUGCCAUGGAGUGCCUGAUACUGGAGCUGGCGGAGGGUGUGCUGCAGGCCUCCUUGCUGAGGAAUGGCUCAGUGCAUUCUGUCUCCCUCCGGGGCCUCAUGGUCAGUGACGGGCACUGGCACCAGGUCGGGGUCCUCCUGGGGGAUGCUCUGGAGCUACAGCUCUGGCACGAGGGCUGCAGCCAGGGCCCCUGCAGGGACAGCUGCUCAGUUGGGACCCGGACAGCACCUACCUCGCCCACCUCCCUGAGGACCUACAUCGGGGGUGUGGGGCCCGAUUCCUGGGCUGGGGGACUGCGGGUCAGGCCCUGCUUUGUGGGCUGCCUGGAGGAUGUCCAGGUGGACCUCAGGCCGCUCCUGCCCCAGGAACUGUCCAGCCUCCAGCCUUCACCACCACUUCAGCUGGGCUGCAACAGGACCGAGUGGUGCAGUGGGCAGCCCUGUGCUCACGGAGGUCACUGCCGCGAUCUCUGGACAUCCUUCCACUGUGACUGCCCGCGGCCAUACAAGGGGACCACAUGCUCCCAGGAGCGGCUGGCGGGCACGUUUGGCCGGGAGGGAGCUUCCAGCUUCGCCUCCUUUGGGAUUCCUGCGGCCCUGGGACCCAACUUCAACCUGUCCUUCUUUCUCCGCACGCGCCAGCCCGAGGGCCUGCUGCUUCAGGCCCACGAUGGCUCAGGGCCCCGGUUCUCCGUGUUUCUGGCCGGCGGGCAGGUUCACGUUGAGGCCCCAGCUGCCCACACGGUGACGCUGCCGGGAUUCCUGGCCGAUGGCCUCAGGCACCUGGUGACCCUGAACUUUCGAGAGAGCCGGGUCCUGAGCGGCCCGCUUGAGCUGGGACAGUUGGAGGCUGCAGUCACAGGGACGGACUGGGAUCUGCAUGUGGGCGGGCUGCCUACCCCAGCCCAAGCCGACCAGUGGGGUGGGGGCUUCAAGGGCUGCCUGCAGGACAUCCAGCUCAACCAGCAACCUCUGGAGUUCUCUCCACCAGUGGGCACGGGUAACUCAACUGUGGUCAAGGGGGCAUACCUGGCCCAGACCUCCAACCUCACCCUUGGCUGCCUUUCGGACAACACCUGUCAUCCUGACCCGUGCCAGAACGGCGGCACCUGCACCAUCACAUGGAAUGACUUCACGUGCCGCUGCCCAGUGGGCUUCAUGGGGCGCUUGUGUAGGGAGAAGGUGUGGUGUCUGAGCAAGCCCUGCCCCCCAGCCACCACCUGUCUGGAGGUUCCAGCGGGUUACGUCUGUCUAGCAAAUGCCACGUUCCAGGGCCAAACAGUGGCAGAGUACACCAGCAACGUGUCGGCAAGUCGGGUGCUGACCAGUCUCUCCUUGGGCUUCCGGACCCGCGAUGAGGACGCGAUCCUGCUGUCAGCUUCUGGGCCUGUGGACUCAGUCCUCGUGGCCCUCCACCAUGCUGCCCUGGAGGUGGCCAUCCACAGUGGCAACGGCGUGGAGGGGGCCACGUUCCAUGGCCGGGCCCCGGUGUCGGAUGGAGCUUGGCACUGGCUGGCACUGACCAUGGAGGAGCCUGCUUCUGCCGCCUCAAGGUGGCUGGUCCGGCUGGACGGGGCCCCAAACGCCAGCCUGGAGGGUGCUGCGGGAACCCUGGACUUCCUAAAGGAUGGUGUCACUGUGGUCCUGGCCAGAAACUUCACCGGCUGCCUGGGCCGGGUGGCCAUUGGGGGUGUAGACCUGCCAUUUGUCCGGCCGGGACUCCGGCCUCCCCCCCAGCUUGAGCAGUUCCUCCUGGUCACUGGCAGCAGCAGCGGUGAUGGCAGCCCACAGCUGGGCUGCCAUGGGGCCCCGGUGUGUGCCCCCUCACCCUGCCUCCACGAUGGCAUGUGCCACGAUCUGUUUGACGCCUUCGGCUGCAGCUGCGUGGCCGGCUGGGCAGGCCCGCGGUGUGAGGUCGAUGUGGAUGACUGUGCGUCUGGCCCCUGCGUCCAUGGGCUCUGCGUGGACUUAGCAGGCAGCUACCAGUGCCACUGCAGCCCCGGCUUCAUCGGCAGGGACUGCGCAACUAAUGAGGAUGAUUGCGUCCGGCACCACUGCCUGCACGGGGGCACCUGCGUGGAUGGCAUCGGUGACUACUCCUGCCAGUGCCCUGCCCACUUCACUGGCCCACACUGCGAGUGGCCCUUUCCGCCGGAAGAGUGUGGCAGGAACUUCACCUGCCUGAAUGGGGGCAGAUGUACCCAGGGCCCUUGGGGAGCCAACUGCAGCUGUCAGGCAGGAUACGCUGGAUGGAGAUGUCAGAUCAAUAUUAAUGAUUGCGAUCCCAACCCUUGCCAGAACGGAGGGACCUGCCAGGAUGCCGUGAACAAGUACAAGUGCGUGUGUGGCAGCAGCUUCACAGGCGAGCGCUGUGACGUGGAUAAAGGAAUGUUGGGAACUUUCUUUCCCUUCCCUUUGUUAGAAGUCGCAGUCCCUGUGGCCUGUGGAGGUCUGCUGCUGCUGGUCAUUGGUCUUCUGUUUGCCAUCCUCACUGCCAGGAAGAGGCGGCAGUCAGAAGGCACCUACAGCCCAAGCCAGCAGGAGGUGGCGGGGGCCCGGCUGGAGAUGGACAGUGUCCUUAAAGUGCCGCCUGAGGAGCGUCUGAUCUAAUCCUCACCGCUGCUCCGCUGUACAGCCUGCUGGAGCACCCACAAGCCACAGAGAACUGCUACUUGUUCUGCAUCCUGAUGCCAGGCUGGUCAGCGGGGAUGAAUCUGAGGCCAGGCUUGAUGGGAUGAGUCCUGGCUGGCUAGCUGGCUGGCUGGCUACCAGGCUGGCCAGCUGGGGCUAGGGAGCAGGAGGACAGAGCAGCCAUACACAGCCUCCUCCUUCCAUAAGAGCCACAGACCAAACAUCUGGAAACCUGCAGGCCUGCAUGCCAUCCUGCAUAGGGCCUAACGGUGAUCUCUUUCUUCUCAGAGGGCAGGGAGGCAGCUGGGCAGCCAAGGAAGAUGCUUCAUAUGGGAGUAGAUCAUCUCUGCCAGGUGCUCAGUGGCUUGGCUGGUGGUGCUCUGUCCCCUCUAAGCAGCAGCCGUAGCAGCAGGUCCUGCACUCUCACCACAGAGUCGGUUUGGCUGAAAUAGAAAAAGUGAACUCUUGCUGGUUUAAAGGGGAGGGGAUCCAGUUUACCUGAGGCUGUGAGCAUCCCUUCUGCCCGCUUAAGAAAACCCCCAGAAAGACAGAGCAAUGCCCCAGACAUGGCAUCCACUCCUUAGCCACGACUGCCGAGAGGUAUCUACUGUGCCAAGCGGGCCUCUGUCUCCCCUCAUGGCAGCACCAGUGGCUGAGUAGGGCCUCCUCUUCGGGGGUGGAGAUUGUUGUCUUCACAAGACUCAUAUGUGGCCUUCGGGACACGAGUUAAAUGCAGCUUCCCGCGGGGGGAUCCUCUGUCUGCCUGUUUAGCUCUCAUCCUGACCCCCACCAGCACUCCCUUCACCCUGGAAGAGAAGAAGAGGGACAGACUUGAGCCUCCCUGUCCCUCUCUGUUCUACCAAGAUGCUCAGGUGGACCCAGCUCAGACUCAUCUCUGCCUCAGGUGUUGUGGAGGCAGUAUCGACCAUCCUUCUCUCAAUCAUUGUUUUACUGGUAACCACAGGGAGGAGGGGAGCCUCUCAGGGAACCUACAGUCCCAAGGGCAUGAUGGGGUCCAGGUAGGGAAGGAGAAUGGGCCUAAGGUGCUCAUCUGAUCCAUGGUGCCUAUGGAAAAAAUUAUGGAACUUGUAUUAUCCCCAUUACUUACAACAGUCUUGAUAUAAAGCAAGUGCUUAACAAAUGCCAUAAUAAUAAUAAACUCUGGGAUGGAGGUGGUGUGCGUGUAUGGGUGGGUGUGAAUGUGAGGGACAAUCCUGAGUUGUUGACCACCUGCCCUCUCCACCUUGCCCAGGGGGACUUACCCAAGCCAGGAUCCGCAGGGGCUGAGUUGGGGGACAGUCAGAUCAGGGAAUAUUUAAGAUGCCUUAAACUGCUGUGUAGCUGCAAUGCAGAAGCUGACAACCCCUUGAGUCAGAGGGAGAGUGUGACCCUCCACCUCUUCCUCCCCUCAUUCCCCUACUGUUCUGCUCUUGUGGCCAUGGAAGACUUGGUCAGCCAGGAUCUCCCUUUCUCCUCUCAGCAUAUACUCUUUUAUAUGGACCUUUAGUGCAUCUCAGCCAGCAGCCAGGGUCAGAGCUGAAAAAUAAAGAUCAGGGAGACCCAAUUAACCCAGUAAGUGUUUUAUUUCAUUGCUUAAUCAAUGAAAAGUGCAAUUCCAAAGAUUGAUUCUCUCCAGUCUGUGGGAGGUGCACACAAGUCACUUAUUCCAAGACUUCUGAUCUGCUAGCCCCCUUCCAGGACAACAAGUUUCUUUAGGAAACACACACCCACACAUACAUAGGUACAUAUGCACAUACAUAUAUACCCAUAGAUUAUGUAUACAUAUGGGAGGGUAUUCAUUUGGAUCCAUAUGUCUAUAUAUGUAAGUGUGUGUGUGUGUAUGCACUUAUCUGUGCACACAUAUAUGUUUUAUAUAUAUACACCAUAUAUAUACACACACACACACACAUAUAUAUAUAUAUAUAUAUAUUCAUUCAAUCGUAUACCCACACAUUUACUGUAAUUGGUAACACACUGGAGUUAAAGACUUUCACUUUGCUACUAAGUCUUUUUCUCAGACAAAGCCUAGAGCAGUACUCUGCGGCAACAAAAGAAGUGCCUUUGAAAGAAUUAUCCUGGAAAUGUUUUACAUGUUGGUGAAGCAUUUCCUUUGCUAGAGGGUUGGAUUAUGUUGCUAAAUCAGCAUUUACCAGACUUCAUCUCCGUCUCAAUCCGGUUCACCACAUAUGCCUACUGUAUAAAGAGACUUGACUGGGCACUCUUGUGGAGUGCAGGGGAAGCUGGAGGGUAGAUGGGCACUCCCAAGUUCUUCAAAGGUGAACAACGAAGAAAGGGAAGCAAAUGUAAUUACAAUCUCUUAGGAGACCUUAAGCUCAUUGGGAUAUAACUUCCUCUAGACUGUAAGCUCACUGUAGGCCGGGAAUGUGUCUACCAACUCUGCUUUAAUCUCCCAAGAGCUUAGUACAGUGCUUUGCACACAGUAAGUGUUCAAUAAGUACCACAGUUUGAGACAGGAAUUGGAAGGGAGACUCUAGAAUAGUUAUGCUACAUUGGAAAAAGGCAACACUGGCCUUCUUCAGUUGUUUAAGAAGGACUUCCUGGCCACCGCCCACCCCAAAGGCCCCUCAGUCACACCAAUGGCAGGGAAGACUCCACAGCCAACAGAUUCCCUCCCCCUUCUCCCUAGUCCAGGAACUCUCACAGACGAACCCACUUCAUCAUGGCAGGGUGGUGCUGGAUGGGAUGAGGAAAGGCAAGAAUAAAACCCAACACUACUGUUCCCUUUGAAAGCAUUUUUUUCAUCCUUAAAGUUGUCUUAAGUAAGUGAAAAAUCAUUUUCUGAUUCUAGAAAAGUGAAAUAGAGAUUGGGGACAGUGCAUUUAAAAGCCACAAUUUUUUUUUCUUUUUCAGAACAAAUGGGCUUGGGUAACGGCAAUCUUACAUUUUGAAAACAUUUACAUUGUAAAUGUGACAUUUACUGGGCUGUGUGUGCACACACUGGAUCGGGGGAGUGGGGGGGUUAAUCGCAAACCAGGAUGCUUACACUAAUGAGGACUACUACUGAGAAGAGAGAGCCGAAAGAAAUCAAGGGUAAAUUUCCCAUUGACCUCUCUGCAGGUUCCUGGGGCUGUGUCUGGGGCAAGGGAUUUAGGGAAGAAGGGGCAGCAGGAAGUCAGCUGGCAAACUGAAGGACGGACAAUUGGCAGUUUUCAGACAGGUAUCACUUGUGGAUUAGUCAUUUCUGUAUACUCAACCUUUUAAGGGGGGGAUGAUUCUGUUGCCUGUUUUAUUUUCUGCAAACUUCUUGAGAAUUUUGUUGUCCACAGGAAUGUUGCUUUUACUGCUUCUUCCUCCCUCCCCUCCAAAUUCCACUCCCUUCCCACUCUGGGGGGUGCUUACCUGCCAUGGCCAAGUGGUCCAGGCCCUCUGUCCACUUACAGUUCACCUGCACAGGCCCGGACUGAGACACACCCCUCCUCUCUGAUCAGAGGGAAUUCUGGCAGAACCGACAGGAGAAUAGGUAGGAGAAGCAGGUGUGGAAACCACAGAAAGCAGUCCUUUAAAUCAGCAGUGGCAAAAGGGCCAGGGAAUGGGGCUGGGUCUCGAGUUCCUUUUACGUGACAACCUGCAGCGCUAAGGAAAGUGCAUGGGGGCCCCAGGAGCCAGCGGAUUAGCCAAAAGUGGCCACAUUUUCUCACGAGCAAUUUACCUACUCACACAAGGAAGCAGAGAGGCAGGAAAUCUCGAACGACCAGGUCCCGGGAAUGGCAGGGCUUGAGGAAAAGUGCACUCUAGACUGUCUGUUCUUUUCCCUAGAUGAAGGUAGUACAGACUUAAUAGCAACAAGUAAAAGAGGAACAGAUAAGACCCACAAGCCCGAGCGCUAGGAUCUUAACUAAAGAGGAAAGGGUGAAGCAGCAUCACCUUCUGUCUGCCACUUGGAGGCAACUGUCAGUCAGCGGGUCCUUGAUGGAUUCCGCUCAGACUGAGGGAAUGUUUCAGAAAGUGUGAGAUGAGAAAGUCCUGGCUGUUCAAAUGGACCUUCUCUCUACUGUUCUGUGAGGCUUCACGCCAAUUGGCAGCAAAAUAAACUCUUGGGAUUUUUUUUUUUUAGCUGAGGAAGGGGAAGGGUGCAGAAAAGGAUGGGGAGGAAGGUGAUCCCCUCCCCCACAAAAUGAUGGUUCUCCCAGUAGGAUGGGUACAACUAAAAAUGCCCUCAGAUCACUGGCCUUCCCUUAAAACAGAAGUCCCCUCUAAAACAACCCCAACCCCAGAAGCUGUACCUAGGUCUAGGCUUGUACUCACCAAAAGACAGGCCAGCUGUGGAAAUUCACCUGGAAAAAGAGAGAGUGAAGUCUGUCUUCCGUCCUAUGACACAUUCAAAGCAGAAGCCGGAUACUGCAGCUGUCUUGCUGGGAGGUGGGCUCACCCUACACAUUUUUGACAGAAGGGUCUGGACCAUUCCUGCUAUUGAUGUCUGCUUUUCUCUGCUGUGAAUUCAUAUUUUGAGAAUGAAAAUGUUCUUUUGAUAUUUAUUUUUUCAUCAGUUUGAUAGGGAAGAAAGCAUUCUGAAAAAUCACCAUUUGUUGUAAUAGUAAAUUUAAUAGAUCCGUAAAGAUUAGAUCGGAUCUGUGUCAAAGUGAUUUGUAAUAAAAAUUGGUAAUAGAUAAAGCAA